UUUCGACGAACCCCUUCGUUCAACGUAAAUCCGCCCCUGCAUGUUACUACAUUUGGCUAUGCAACUGACCCUAAGCUAGUUUCUCACAAAAUUUGGUCUUCUAAUCUCCUUUUCUUACCUUUAGUCAUAUAUACUCUGUUUUUUUUCUCAAAAACUUUGUAACUCGUAAUAUUUUGCAGUUUUUCUUCAUUGGUGGUGGAAGUAAUCCCUCCUCCAUUCUUGCUGGAUUCGAUCAUACUACGUUAUCAACUGCUCUUAAUGUUUCAACAGCAGAAGUACACACGCUCUUCCGGACCAAUCGUACAUUUAUCUGGUUCUCAUGACACUAUCAUUUGGUCCAACUUCUUGGACCUAGAACCCCAUCAAAGACUAUCUCAUUUGAAGAGAAUUGUGAAUUUUGAUGAAGAAGCUAGCCUCAAAGAGGAGAAAUCAACAUGGUCAUUUAGGAAAUUUGUGUUUACUUUGUUAAACGGUGAAGACGUUAUCGAGAGAGUGAAUCAUAAAGCUCCAUCGAUAUACAAUCUCUACAACAAAAAGCCCGAUUUCAAGAAUGACUAUGGAUGGAGCAAGAAGGUGGAUUCGUCUGAUUAUUCUCCUCUAGAGCAAUCAGGAAAUGACGUGUAUCUUGUCAAUCUAUCUCCGGGAUCCCUUAUGGCGCCUCAUAUCAAUCCAUCAGCAAUCGAGUAUGGAAUUGUGUUGAGAGGGACUGGCAGGAUCCAAAUUGUGUAUCCGAAUGGUACUUUAGCAAUGAAUGCAAAAGUACGAGAAGGGGAUGAUUUUUGGGUGCCAAGGUACUUUCCUUUUUGCCAAAUUGCAUCAACGAAUAGCCCGUUGGAGUUCUUUGGCUUCACUACAUCAGCAAAGAGGAACAAUCAACAGUUCUUGCUAGGUAAAAACUCAUUGAUGCAGAGUUUGAGAGGGCCAGAAUUUGCAGCUGCAUUUGGAAUUGAUGAGAAAAGGCUUAAGAGGAUUGCCAAUGCUCAACGCCAACAGGUCAUCUUGCCAUCGCGUUCCUAUGAGGAUGAGGAUGGAUUUUAAUAGUCUAUUUGAAUUAUGGCACGAGCCUGGUGUCA